AUGACGCGAGAGCCCUUUGAAAAGUCCAAGAAGGCAAAGAAAGCAAGACUGGGAGAAUCCUCUGGGUCAAGACCUCCAGUCCCUCUGGCUGGCUCUCCAAGUAAGUCUAUACCUCUCUCCUGCUCUGUUAAAAUAAAACAUAUUGCUUCUUCUCUUCCCCAAACCACUCCAAUAUACACCUCCUCUGAAACACCUCCCUCAACCACCAGAACCUCUAACCCACCCUCACUUAAAUUCAACCUUGCUACCACCACACUACCCGUUUCUGAAGUAGAAAUGAUGAAUGAAACUACCUCACAAUCAUCAUCACCCUCACCCCAAUCCCCACCAUAUUAUGUUUUCUCCUCUGACAAUGAACCAUCUGACCCCCAAUCCCCCACUCUGGCUCAGCUACAAGCUCGUGCUCCGGCAUCUCAACAACCAUCACACUCUGAACCUGAAUCAAAAGUCACUUCCCCACCCCCUGAACAUCCAAAUCCAACUACAUCUGAACAUCCUCAAACACCACCACCUACACAACAACAAAAUCCACCUCCUGAACAACCAAUCAAAUCUGAACCUCAACCAAUCCACUCACCAUCUGAACCUAAUUCACACCCUGGACAAACAACAUCGUCCCCCUCUGCCAUUCUCACACCACCAACCUCUGUUGCCUCCAUCACUCCCACUCUCAAUCUUGGUGACACCAAUCCACCUUCUCCAUCCUCCCUAGCCUCUGCCACUAUACCAGAAACAACCUUCCAUACCCUAGAAGAAGCAAUACAAGUUUUUGUUGAGUCUUCAAUAGAGAAGAUCAAUUCUCUGACUAUUAAUUCUGGCAUCAGUGAUGAUCCCUCUGAAUGGAUCAAAGAAGCUAAAGAAAAAGUUGUUGCUGCUGCGACUGCUGCUGAGGCUGAGGCUAAAGCUAAAGCCGAAGCUGAAGAAGCAGCACGUGUUGCUGUAGAGGAAGUUGCCAAGGCCAAAGCUGAUGCUCUGACUCAGGGGGAGCACUCCAACUCUGGGUUUGCCCCUCUGGUCUUGAAGACUUUGGAGGAGCUACAAAAAGAACAACAAGUGGUUCGAGCUAGGCUAGGUCAACAUGACUCGGUCAACAUCAACAUUCAGAACAUGUUGUCUCAGCUGCUACAAAGGAUGCCUCCGCCCCCAAACCCUUAG